AGGCUUAGGCUGUGAGCGUACUCUGCCUUUGUUGAGAAAGUGUACUCUUCUUGUCGUCACUGACAUUGGGAGCAGAGAGAGAGAGAGAGAGCUUCCAUACUGAUCGCAUCGGAUACAUAUACAUAUUCAGUAUACAAAUUGGCAUGCAUGGAAGGAGAUGAGGAGCAGAAGAAGAAGAAAGGACCGAUAGACCUCAAUUGGGAUGUGCUUUUGCCCAACCGCGACGAGGAGCCUCCGCAGCUUAUCGUGAUCGCCACCGACAAGGAACAAUCGCCUCCGCCGCCGAUGGACGGUGGUGAACAGGACCAAUGGAAGAGGGAGGAACUGGCCAGGAAGACGGACGCCGACCUCGAAGAGUCGAUUAACAGGCAGAGACGCCACGUCGAGACCCUGCGGCUUCCUGACGGUGGUGCGAAGCUGAGGGCACAGCUGAAGCGCUUCGAGGAGGAGAGGGAGAGUCGGAGACUCCGCCGAUUGCAAAAGGAUGACGAUGGAUGUGAGGAACUCACAAAAUCAAAGAACUCAUGUUUUGCCAAUGGCCACAGUCAAGAGGCUUCAUCAUCUCUUCCAGCUUCACAAUCUGCAUUCACCACACAUUUUUACAAAAAGUUGGAAGAAAAUCAAAGAGAUGGUAGGGCAGUAAAUGCAUUUGAAAGAGAACUAUCAUUUUUUGGUCGUUGUGGCCGCCGGAAAACAAAGCUUAAUGGGCAGCUUUCACCAAGGGAACAACAGAGAAGUGCAUUAUCUUCAAGGCAAUCACCUUUUCAGUGCCCCACCAAUCUGUCUGUUGGUGAUAAACAUAUGUCCUCAAAUGAUGAACUCUGUUCUAUUACUUCCCCUUGUGAUUUUGAGGGCAAUUUUUCAGGCUCUUUGUCAAAAAAGAGGAGAACUUCUGAAGCCCAGCUAUUAAAUAAUUUGAGACCCAAGAACGGAGAAACUGUUGUUUUAGUGGAUGAGGAGGAGCAUGAACUUAUAGACUCAAUGGAGCCUGCAGAGAAUGUAGAUGAGUGCAUGAAAGAGAGUAAGAUCUUCUAUCCUUCAAGUGAUGAUCCAGAAUCAAUAGAAAUUUGUUACUCAGACAUGGAAUGCCUUGCUCCUGAAUCUUAUCUGUCAUCAACUAUUAUGAACUUUUACAUCCGAUACCUGCAACAGGAAACUUCUUCAACAGAAAGGGAAAAAUGUGAUUAUCAUUUUUUCAACACAUACUUCUACAAUAAACUGAAAGAGGCAGUGUUAAAAAAGAAUGACAAGGAAAAUUUUGCCAAGUUCAGGAGGUGGUGGAAAGGUGUUAAUAUAUUUCAUAAGGCUUAUAUACUUCUUCCAAUACAUGAGAGUUUGCAUUGGAGCUUGGUGAUAAUCUGCAUCCCUGACAAGGAAGAUGAAUCAGGACCCAUCAUACUUCAUUUGGACUCUCUUGGACUUCACUUCAGUAAUUUAAUUUUUGGUAACAUCAGAAGCUUUUUGAAAGAAGAGUGGAAGCAUCUGAAUGAAGAAGAGGCUCCUCCUAGUCUUCCUAUUUCUGACAGAAUAUGGAAACAUCUCCCUCGUAGACUUGAGGAAAGAACUAUUGAGGUUCCACAACAGAAGAAUGAGUACGACUGUGGUCUGUUUGUCCUAUUCUUUAUGGAACGCUUCAUUGAUGAGGCACCUCAACGGCUGAAAAAGAAAAAUCUAGGGAUGUUUGGUAAGAAGUGGUUCAGACCUGAAGAAGCCUCUAAUUUGAGAGUGAAAAUCAAGAAAUUACUCAUGGAAGAAUUCCGGAAAGCAAGAAAGGAUAACUGUAUUUUGAAUCCUGAGCCAUUGUCUUCAGUCAAUCCUCGAGGAGAAAGAAUUGUCCAGCCAAUAAUAGAUUGUUAAUGUAGGUCGGUCUGGAAUCCUUACACUUCUCCAGUGUUUUGAGUUUGGUGUUCCAUUCAUUUGUUGUACAGCUCUUUUAGUUAAGCACGGUAAAGCUCUUGGAGGUUGGUGUUCCUAGCUGUGCAAGAUAUCCGACACACUUCCAAGUAGGCUCAGAAGCAACGCCUGGUGCCACGGUGCUAGUUGGGAGAAAAAUGAUGCCAAUUAGUCUGGUAUGUGGAAAAUAUUGUAGAAAAUCAUCUACUUUUUUCCUAACCCGUAUUGGUGAGAAGUUUCAAAAUGCUUCGCCAACAGUAUAGGAGGAAACAGACCACAUUGCUCGUAACAAUCCCGGACAUGUGACUCUUUCAUCUAACAUCUUUGCUAUGUUACUUCUGUGAAAGAUGGAAUAUAAAGUGGAAAUAUUUUUCUCCAGUGGAAGACAUCUUGAUUCAUGAUUCCAUUUUGAUAAUGCACAUCCUCGGUAAUCCAUUCAGAUUCAGCCAUCACAUGUAAAUUUAGUGCCGGUUUGGCAUUGCCGUGAAAUUUCUACUGUUAUUGAAACCACUUACGUUUUUUUUUUCC